AACCCUGCAUGCCUGGAUGCUGGAACUGUUGUUGUCAUCCAAAGCCGCGCCACCUUAGAAGUCCAUAAUCAAUCAUCUUCCGCCGCUACCAUUCCUUGUCAAUCACAACAUUUUUGUCUCUGGCAGUCCGCAUUUGUGUUCUGUACGCGGAGGAGGAAGGCACAGCCGUAUAGUUGCUGACUUUCUGGUGGAGGAUUCUGGCCGGGAGGGUUUAAGCAGCGGCGAUAUGGCGAUGUGCGGCGGGAUGGGAAUGGAAGAGCAAUUGCAUAAAUGCUCACAGUGGGCGAUCAGGUACAUGGAGUAUUGCUUAUGCAGCAGCAAGGAUGGAGUUUCGCUGGCUCUCGGGGCCUUGAGUGUGCUCAGUUGGGUGGUGGCUGAGAUUCCCCAGAUCAUUACCAACUUCAGGGAUAAAUCCACAGAAGGCCUCUCCUUUUGGUUCUUGCUGACAUGGAUUAUUGGGGACAUGUGCAACAUCUUUGGCUGCCUUCUAGAACCAGCAACUCUUCCCACUCAACUCUACAUGGCAAUGUUUUUUGCAUUGACUACUUUCUUUCUUGCUGGGCAAGCAUUAUACUAUGCUCAUAUCUAUCCACAACUGAAGUCCAAUAGAAGGUCUCAUAAGGUUUUGGAGAGUGGGGCAUUUGAAAAGGGAUUGGAGGAUAACUAUACCAUGGAGAACGGUACAAGUAACCAUGCCAAUGGACUUAACGGUGGGAAAUACAUUCCUGCAUCUGGCCCACUUCAUAGCUCACCAAUUCCCCUGCCAAGUGGUGCUAACAGUGCAUCCUUGGAAAGAGAUUUAUAUUACAUGUCUGCCAGAUCUCUAUCGCUGAGCCACACUCCUCCAGUUGGGCCUUUUCCACCACACAGAACACUUGUUACAGAUGAUGAGCACGAUCCUGUUACUGCGCCAUUGCUCGGUGAAGCGGUUCCAGCUCAAUCUUCACCUGCUCCCAAAACAAAAGGCAUGCUUUGUGCGGCUUCCUUAUUCACCUUCAUUGUUGGUGGAUGGAAUCACCACAAAACAAAGAACAGCAAUAGUGCAAUGGUUUUUCACCAACAAGCUGGAAGGGUCCUGCUGUUCGGUAGAAAGCUCCUACAGGAGAAUGGUGAAUUUUCGCUUAAUAGCCAGUCCAUCCAUAAUAAUGGGGUUGCAGCAGUUCUUGGGUGGGCAAUGGCAUUCAUUUACAUUGGUGGGCGUGUCCCGCAAAUUCGAUUAAAUUUCAGGAGGGGAAAUGUUGACGGGCUAAAUCCACUAAUGUUUAUGUUUGCACUGUUCGGUAACAUCACAUAUGUCGCUAGCAUUCUUGUCAGCAGCUUGGAUUGGUCAAAAAUUGGACCAAACAUGCCAUGGCUGGUUGAUGCAAGUGGCUGUGUACUCCUUGAUACCUUUAUACUAAUUCAGUACUUCUAUUAUCGUCGUCAUCGGGUAAGACAUGAAGUAGACAUUAAGCAUGACAAUGGCAGCCUGUAGAAAUUUUCCUACAAAAACAACAUACUUCACAAGUCUGUGCUGCUGAUCAGACCAAUGAAUUAAUAACGGAAACAUGAAGGGGGCGACCUUCAAAACACAUUUUUACUCACGGCAUUGGAGAAAGAGCUUGAUGGAAGGGUAGCUGGCAAACCCCAACCCCCCAGUUUUUUCAUUUACAUAUUCUUUCUGGUUAUAGGGUGCUUACUUUAAAACAUGAAGCGGAAAUCCUGCUUUUCCACAUUUUUGACUGCUAUAUUUUCGAGAGCGUUAUGUUCUUGUUUUAAUUCGACACUUUGGUUUGUUCUUUGAGUAGUUGAUGCUUAUUCGAGCAAAGGCAUAGGAGUGAUUAAAGAGAAAUAGAACAAUAAAAAUUACAAUAAUUACUAAUAUUAG